AUGCUACGCGAGCUGCGUUUGAGCGAGGGGAUGACGAAGAAGUGGAUGGAUCUUUUGGAAUCGGGCUAUGACGAGCCACUCAAAGUCAUCCUGAUUGCUUUAUGUGAGGGACUUCGUGAACUUUCAUAUAUCACUUAUGACACAAGUGGUCAUGAAGCAGAAGAAGAUCCACUGGGUAUGCUCUCCACAUCGAUCCGCAGCAUAUAUCUUCUGGGUUCGCCGCAGUCUUGCCAGUGGCCAGUUGGGUUCAAAGCACUCCGCAGCAUUAUUGUAUCCGAGCCUUGCCGGUAUCGGCAUUCACACGAAAGCUUCUCAUCUGACUCCGCCACAGUCGCUCCUCUUUUCCUGCUGCCGGAGAUUCGCGAAUUGCGGCUAACUCUUAUUGGAUAUCGUGAAAGUGGCGACUAUGUGUGGGAAUGGGACGAGGCUGUGUCCUCUGUCAAGGACCUGCAAAUAAUUAACCCCGACCUCAAAGAGAAGAGCCUUGCGAGUUUUGUCAGUGCUUGCAGAGCACUCCAAUCAUUCACCUACGACCGGUUGCUGCAUGAACCGCUGAUGUGCGCAUCACUUCUUAAGCAUGCAAAGCAUUCUCUAGAGGAGCUUCGAGUCGAUGAGCAUACCUCAGGCUGA